AUGGCUGCUCAGAGUUUUAAUUUUGGGCGAAUUCUCCUCCAGCCUUCUGUGGUAUUUUUCCGCUCUAAGUUGUCCUUUGGAUUUGUAAAUAGAAAACCUGUCCUCCCAGGACAUGUACUUGUUUCUCCUCUCCGCGUUGUUAAGAGAUUUUGUGAACUAACCGAGGAAGAAGUGGCGGACUUGUUCACGAGUACGCAAAAAAUCGCACGUGUCCUGGAGAAGGUGUACGGCGCCAGUUCUCUUUCGAUUGCGAUCCAGGAUGGCCCCGAGGCAGGACAGACAGUUGAGCAUGUCCACGUCCACGUUUUGCCCAGGAAAAAAGGAGAUUUUGAACAUAAUGAUGAUGUUUACAAAGCUCUCGACGAACACAACAAACAGGAAAGUAGUUUCGUGGGUGAAACGGGUCCAGCGACGAAUAAAGGAUUUAGGAGCGAGGAAGAAAUGGCAAAAGAAGCGGCUUAUCUAGCUGGUUUAUUCUGA